ACAUCCUUAGCAAAAAAACAAAAUUCGUGUAAGUACUUUUUUUCUUUCUCAUUCUCAUCCAAACAACAAAAUUCACUUGCGAAGUUCCAGUUUCACUUUCACACCCCCCACUCUCGUCUGAACCCUAAUUCCUAAUUCAAUCUGCAAAAACUCGAAUCUCACCGAAACGUAGAUGACUGUACGAUUGAGGAAUUGGUGAGAUCAACGGUGUGGAUUUCAUCGCCGAAUGGAGGGAGGUAGCGUCUCUAGCCUAACUUCUUCUGGGAUUCACCCAUGGAUUAUGAUGAUAGUGAUUUUGAAAGCCAGAAUCUUCAUUUAGCUGCUGAAGGGAACACCAAAUUUCCUCCAGUAUAUGCUCUCCCUAAGUUUGAUUUUGACGAAAGCCUUCAAUCAAAUUUAAGAUUUGAUAGUUUGGUUGAGACUGAAGUUUUUCUUGGCAUUGAAAGUAACGAAGAUAACCAGUGGAUUGACGACACAUUUUCCCGUGCGGGUAGUAACAUAGAGUUCAAUUCAACUGCUGCUGGAUCUUGCUCUAUAUCAAGGUAUGGCAAUGUGUGGUCCGAGGCUGCUUCCUCAGAGUCUGUUGAAAUGCUCUUAAAAUCUGUUGGACAGGGGGAGUAUAUUCCUAGGCAAACUCGGGAAUCGGGUGCUUGUGAUGAACUGGCCUGCUUAGCUAAGCAAAUGGACUCCAAUUCUAAACCCGAUGAUAGAAAUGAAUUUAAUAAUAAUGUUACAAAUUUACAGCCACCUUUUGAUACACAUACAAGUUUUUCUGGAUUGAAGAAACAUGUAGGAAUGGAGCAGUCUCAGACAGGAAUUUCCCAAAGUCAUGAUGGUGAAUUUUCCUUCGAUGGAAGUUCAGGUAUUCCGGAACCAAAUGACAUGUUCCGAAAUAUUGACUUACCUAUGGCUGAGGGUAGUCCAACUCUCUUUACAAAUGAUAAAAGUAACAUUACUAACCAAAGAGAAGUUGAGACUGUGGCUGAUGUCUCAGAUCAUGGUGAAACUCACGAUUCAUCAGCACUUGUGGUGGAAACUAAUAUUACUGAAUCAUCUCUGCAAAACAUUGACCUGCCUAUGUCUGAGGGUAGUCCAACUAUCUUUACCAAUGAUAAAAGUAACAUUAGUAACCAAAGCGAAGUUGAGACUGUGGCUGAUAUCUCGGGUCAUGGUGAAGCUCAUGAUUCGUCAGCACUAGUGGCGGAAGCUAAUAUUACUGAAUCAUCUGUGCAAAAUAUGGUUGAUGAGCAACAAGGUUCACAACAAGCACAAACUAAUAAUCAAAAUGUGGAAUCUUCUAUGAUGAAGGAGGAAGCUGUUGUAGACACACAGACUCUGGAUCAAAAUGCAGCUAGUGUUGAUGCACAUCAUCCGGAUAAAUCUCUUUUUCCAACACCCCCACAAGACUCUUUAGAAGGAGGGAGUUUAGCGAAAGGACCGGAGACCGGGUUAAGUAGUUUAGAGGAUUCCAUGGGAAUAAGAACCGUUGCAGUUUCUGACAUGCAGAAAGAAGAAAGAUGCAGUGAAGACAUAUGUUCCCGUGAUCUGUCUCAGGAAAAUCCAAGUGAAAACUUAGUUUUGCUUAAAGAUGCGGAAAUGGAGGAUCAGUCCGUACCAGAUACUUGCAUAUCACCAAAGGUUUCAGUUAAAGAUGAUUCUUUCUCUGCCGGGCAGGUGAUUGAGGAUAGCAAGUCCAGUCAUGGAAUUUGUCCCAAUCUCCAGCAAACUGUGGAUGUCAUUGAGAACAAAACUUACAGUGCAAGCAAUGUUCUUAAGGAAAAUAUUUCAUUAAACACUGGUGACCACAUGGAUUCAGGGAUUUUAUCUAGCAAGUUGGAGUCAUCUAUGUUUCCUGCAGAGGAAAAUAGCAUUUCUAUUGUUAGUGAAGGAAAUAAUGACAACAGGGUUGGAGGUUUUUCCAGUUUCAGUUUGGUGGCUUCUUCAAGAAACUCUUCCAUUGUGGGUGAAUCGACUCAAACAUGUGUAAACAAUGAACCUGAUAGGCAAAGUGACCCAGAAAAAUUUGACCAAGAUGUUUCUGUCAAUGAUGAAAAGAAUACAAAGAUUCUUUCUGAUUCUAGCCAAAUGCAUUUUGAUGUUGCCCAAUCCCAUCUUGGUGAUAAGGGAGUUGUUUCAUCGCCUCUUAGUGCAGGUAGCAUGGAAUCUGAGUUGACAACUUCCACUGUAUCAAUCAACGUCAAACCUGCCUAUAAUUCAGCAUCGCAAAUUAUUUCAGAAAAUACUAGUUUGACAUCCUGUGAGAUGAUGAAUGAUCCACCUCCUAGUGAAGUUGUUUCAAUUCAUCGAGCGACUGGUGACAACGAUAUUCAAAGGGUAACUACCGUUGAAUCACCUUCUGCCGAGGGAAAAGAAGAAAUUGAAAUGACAAUAACAGAGAAAGCUGGAAUAUCGGCUCUUGUUGGGUCUUCUGAACAGGAAACUGCUCCUUCUCCUGUUAAGGAAACAGAAAAACUUCAUCCUUCUGGUACUACUGGACAUUUGAAAUGUGACUUGACAGUAACAGAGGAAGCUGGAAUAUCGGCUCUUGUUGGGUCUUCUGAACAGGAAACUGCUCCGUGUCCUGUUAAGGAAGCAGAAAAACUUCAUCCUUCUGGUACUACCGGACAUUUUAUAUGUGACAUAGCAAGUGACAGUAGGCCUGAUGUUGCGACUCAUGGUGCUGCAAAAAUUGGGGAACCGCAAAGAACAACAAAUGAGAAGGUUACCGAGGAAUGCACAAAAGAUAUUAGUAUGCCUCCAGUUCUAUGUGAAUCAUCAGAGAAACAGGGUGACGGUGUCAUAAUUUCUGUUAUUAAGAAUGAUAAGGAGACUUUACAAGAGGUUCAUGAAAAGUCGUCCUCGAAAGAAUUAGGUGACGUUUUACUUGGGAACAAAGACUCCACAUCUUCUGCUCCUUUGCCCGACUCUUGUGUUGAGCUACCUGAGACUGGAACCCUUCCUGCCAAUAGUAGUUGCAGUCCCUCUAGUACGUUCAGAAGCCCUUCUCAAACCGAAAAGGACGACAGUCGAGUUACGGCUUCUGCUAAUCGGAAUCCCCCAGAACCUGAUUUAAAAAAUACUGGUGCACGUAAUACAAUGUCUACUGCUCAAGUUAUAAAGAGGAAUACUGCAUCUAAAGAUGAGAGAAGCUCAACUCCUGAGAUAAAUUUUGUAGCCGUUGAUUUAUUCAAAAAGGACAUUGCGGAUUUGGAUACAGAUGUUGGCAAGAGACAAUCAGCCCCUGUUAUCGCAACCAACAAUGCAUCAAUAGCUUUGGCAGAAUCUCCUUCAACAUCUGAGCUAGGUCCAUCAAAAACAAAAACUGUAGCAAAUAUCUCCCAUGGAAGUCCACAAAUUUCAGAUGGAGGAGUAGCUCUUAGUGCGUCUAAAGCUACGCCUAAGCGCAAAGCUAGGCAACCAUCUAAUAAGGCAACUGGAAAGGAACCUGCUAGAAGAGGUGGUCGUAUGAAAAAUGCAAGUCCUGCGUCUGAAAAAGGCGAUAAAUCAACCAAAGUUUCCCUUAGCCCAUCUCCCGGUUUCAAGCUGAUGCAAUCAAAUGAGGUGCAACAGUAUGGGCACAUUGAUUCCAAUAGUGCAAAGGCAUAUUCUCUUGUAAAUACUUCAACAUCUAGCCUUCCAGAUUUGAACACUUCUGCUUCUUCACCUGUCUUGUUUCACCAGCCUUUCUCAGAUCUGCAACAAGUACAAUUACGUGCACAGAUCCUUGUCUAUGGAGCAUUGAUUCAAGGCACAACACCGGAUGAGGCACAUAUGAUAUCAGCUUAUGGGGGGACAGAUGGUGGAAGGAACCUGUGGGAGAAUGUCUGGCGUGUCUGCAUGGAAAGGCAGCGUAGUCAAAAAUCUCAUCCUAAUACCCCAGAAACACCUCUGCAGUCAAGAUCUGCUGCUAGAACAUCUGAUUCGACAGUUAAGCAAAGUGUACUUCAAGGUAAAGGUAUCUCUUCGCCUCUUGGUAGAGCUAGCAGCAAGGCUACUCCAACUAUAGCUAACCCCCUAAUACCUCUAUCAUCUCCUCUUUGGAGCCUACCAACUCUCUCUGCUGAUUCCCUGCAAUCUAGUGCUCUUGCAAGAGGUUCUGUUGUGGAUUAUUCCCAGGCACUUACUCCAUUGCAUCCUUACCAGUCUCCAUCUCCGAGAAAUUUUCUUGGGCAUAGCACAUCUUGGAUAUCCCAAGCCCCUCUUCGUGGACCAUGGAUUGGUUCUCCAACUCCUGCGCCUGACAACAACACCCAUCUUUCUGCAUCACCUUCCUCGGAUACAAUUAAGUUAGCUUCAGUUAAGGGAUCUUUGCCUCCUUCCUCAAGCAUAAAAGAUGUUACUCCUGGUCCUCCUGCCUCCAGUUCAGGCUUACAGAGUACUUUUGUUGGGACUGAUUCGCAGCUUGACGCAAACAACGUGACAGUACCACCUGCUCAGCAAUCUUCAGGUCCGAAGGCCAAAAAGCGGAAAAAGGAUGUGCUAUCUGAGGAUCAUGGUCAGAAGCUUUUGCAGUCGCUGACUCCAGCCGUCGCUAGCCGUGCAUCUACUUCUGUUUCUGCUGCGACCCCUGUUGGCAAUGUGCCAAUGUCUAGUGUUGAAAAAUCAGUUGUGUCUGUAUCUCCUCUAGCUGAUCAACCCAAAAACGAUCAGACUGUCGAGAAGAGGAUUCUGUCGGAUGAGUCUCUUAUGAAAGUUAAGGAGGCUAGGGUACAUGCAGAGGAAGCUUCUGCUCUUUCUGCUGCUGCCGUGAAUCAUAGCCUAGAGUUAUGGAAUCAGUUGGAUAAGCAUAAAAAUUCUGGCUUUAUGUCAGAUAUUGAGGCCAAAUUAGCUUCUGCAGCAGUGGCCAUCGCUGCUGCUGCAGCUGUUGCAAAGGCAGCAGCUGCCGCUGCUAAUGUUGCAUCGAAUGCUGCAUUUCAAGCAAAAUUGAUGGCUGAUGAAGCCUUGAUUUCAUCUGGCUAUGAAAAUACCAGCCAAGGUAACAAUACUUUCCUUCCUGAGGGUACUAGUAACUUAGGACAAGCUACACCUGCUUCCAUUUUGAAGGGUGCUAAUGGCCCCAAUAGCCCUGGUUCUUUUAUUGUUGCUGCAAAGGAAGCUAUUAGGAGGAGAGUGGAAGCAGCUUCAGCUGCCACCAAGAGAGCUGAAAAUAUGGAUGCUAUUUUAAAGGCUGCUGAGCUUGCAGCAGAGGCUGUAUCUCAAGCAGGAAAGAUUGUAACUAUGGGUGAUCCUUUGCCAUUAAUUGAAUUGAUCGAAGCUGGCCCAGAAGGAUGUUGGAAAGCAUCCCGGGAGUCUUCUCGGGAAGUUGGAUUAUUGAAAGACAUGACCAGAGAUCUGGUGAACAUUGACAUGGUCAGAGAUAUUCCUGAAACUUCUCAUGCACAAAACAGAGACAUUUUAUCUAGCGAAAUUUCAGCUUCUAUCAUGAUCAAUGAAAAGAAUACAAGAGGACAGCAGGCACGCACUGUUUCUGAUUUAGUCAAGCCUGUUGACAUGGUUCUUGGAUCUGAGUCUGAAACACAGGAUCCGUCUUUCACUGUUAGGAAUGGAUCUGAAAAUCUUGAAGAAAAUACUUUCAAGGAGGGCUCACUUGUAGAGGUCUUCAAAGACGAGGAAGGUCAUAAAGCUGCAUGGUUUAUGGGCAAUAUUUUAAGCUUGAAAGAUGGUAAAGUUUAUGUAUGCUACACUUCGCUUGUCGCUGUUGAAGGGCCUUUAAAGGAAUGGGUUUCACUUGAAUGUGAAGGAGACAAACCACCCAGAAUACGCACUGCUCGCCCUCUGACUAGUUUGCAACAUGAAGGAACGAGAAAGAGACGCAGAGCUGCUAUGGGAGAUUAUGCAUGGUCUGUUGGGGAUAGGGUUGACGCAUGGAUACAAGAAAGCUGGCGGGAAGGAGUAAUCACAGAAAAGAAUAAGAAAGAUGAAACAACUUUAACUGUCCAUAUUCCUGCUAGUGGAGAAACAUCGGUUCUUAGAGCUUGGAAUCUCCGCCCAUCCCUUAUUUGGAAGGACGGACAAUGGCUUGAUUUUUCCAAGGUGGGAGCAAAUGACAGUUCUACACACAAGGGUGAUACACCACAUGAAAAGCGACCAAAGCUGGGUAGUAAUGCAGUAGAGGUGAAAGGGAAAGACAAGAUGUCAAAAAAUAUUGAUGCUGCAGAGUCUGCAAAUCCUGAUGAGAUGAGAUCGCUUAAUUUGACUGAAAAUGAGAUAGUGUUUAACAUUGGUAAGAGCAGCACAAAUGAAAGCAAGCAGGACCCACAGAGACAGGUGAGGUCUGGUCUUCAAAAAGAAGGGUCAAAAGUGAUUUUUGGAGUUCCUAAACCUGGGAAGAAAAGGAAAUUUAUGGAAGUAAGCAAGCACUAUGUUGCACAUGGGAGCAGCAAGGUUAACGAUAAAAAUGAUUCGGUUAAAAUUGCAAAUUUUUCAAUGCCUCAAGGUUCAGAACUCCGAGGAUGGAGAAAUAGUUCCAAAAAUGAUUCUAAAGAGAAACUUGGAGCUGACUCCAAGCCCAAGACUAAAUUUGGAAAACCACCAGGUGUUUUGGGUAGAGUGAACCCACCAAGAAACACCUCUGUAUCCAACACAGAAAUGAACAAAGAUUCUUCAAAUCAUACGAAGAAUGCUUCGCAGAGUGAAAGUCGGGUGGAGAGAGCACCCUACUCUACAACUGAUGGAGCGACACAAGUACCAAUCGUAUUUUCAUCACAGGCAACUUCGACGAAUACUCUUCCUACCAAGAGGACAUUCACAUCGAGAGCAAGUAAGGGAAAACUCGCACCUGCCAGUGAUAAGCUGCGCAAGGGUGGUGGGGGAAAGGCUUUAAAUGACAAACCCACAACAUCAACAUCUGAACCUGAUGCCCUUGAGCCCCGGAGAUCCAAUCGCAGGAUCCAGCCAACUUCCAGACUAUUAGAAGGAUUGCAGAGCUCUUUGAUGGUCUCAAAGAUUCCUUCAGUUUCGCAUAAUCGUAAUAUUCCCAAGGGUAAUAAUCACCAGAGUUGACCUACUGGACCUACUGGAAGGAGUUUGCAAUGCAGUACAGUUAUUAGAUGACGACACACCCAGCAUAGAUUUGUAUAUUUAAUUAUAAUUUAUAAUAGAGAAAACCUAGGAAUGGAAAUUCUUGUUUCCUUUGUUUUAGGCAGAGACUAUAUAGCUCAAUAGAUGGUUGGUCAUAUUGAUCUAGUAUUAUUAUUUAAAUGUGAUUUGAUCCUUUAGUCUUGUGGCUGUGUAGGCUGUGCCGUAUAUGAAAAUUACCUUGUUUGUAGGUUGAUCAAAUUUAUGGGUGAUUUGUCGCACGCCCUCUGGCUAUUUAUUGACUUCCAACA